AUGGGAAAUUUUUUUAAUAGAUGUUAUGCAGAAGAAAAUAACGAAUAAAAAGAUAAAACUCAAGUAAGUAACUUUUAAAUCUCUGAUUAAUUCUAAAUUUAAGACCUUGGUUAAAAUAAUAAAAAUCAAGAAUUUAAGUUGUAAUAGGAAUUAAUUAAGAGUGAUAUGAAAAUUUAUCCUCUUUAACUAUUCAAAGAAGAUCAUUUCUAAUUCCAAUUAAUAAGCACUGAUUUUAUCUAUAUUUUUAAGGAUCUAACCUAAAUUUGCAAUUAAUCUUUUAAUGUUGGCUCAAAAUAUUUAGAAAAUAAUAAAUUAAAAAAGUUAUUUGAUGAGCCUCUUUUGAGAUUAAGUUCAGAUGACAUUUAAUAAAUUACAUCACAUUAGUUUUAAAUUUAAAUUUCUCUGUAAAGAUAUUCCCUUGGUGAAAAAUAUUUAGGAAAUUUAAAUAAGAAAGAAUUACUUAUUGCUGAAUGUAUUUAAGCUAAUAUAACAACUGGAUUGAUUCCUUUUUUUAAAUCAUAUUCUCAUAUUAAAUUUGAAAAUAACAAAUUGGAAAAACUAUUUAAAGGAAUAUAUAUUAUUUAUUUAGUUUGUGAUUUUUUUUAGGGAAUUUUGUAAAAAUAUCUUAAGGAAUAUUAAUAUAGUGAUAAUAUCAAGAUUUAUAAUCUAAUCUACUAUCAAUUUUAAAAGUUGAUACUAAAUAUAAAUUAUGAAACUGAAUAGAUUUAUAAUGCAUUACCUGUUUUUUAAAAAAAAUAUAAAUUUUCAUUAUUGGGAUAUGCUAUGAGAUUCUGGUGUUAAAUAGUAAUUGCUAAUACAGUUGAUGAGAAAUUUAAUAAUAUUAGCAAAUUAUUAUUAGAGAGUUAUAGGAAUGUAGAUAAGAAAGGAAUUGAACUUGAAAUUUAUAAAUAUAUAAUAGGAGCUAUAGAUAUAUGUUCAAAUGAAUAUACAAGUAAUUGGAUUGGACAUUAAAAUAAUUUUAAGAUUUAAAAACUAUUAAUUGAUAUGAAUCAUAAUGAACUUGAUACAAUAUAAGCUGAAGAUUUUUCAAGUUUUACAGAAGAAGCUGAUAAAAAAUUAGAAGAAUUGAAAUAAUUUUGUCCAACAUGGAUUUUUGAAUUACAUUAUUUAAAUUAUUCUCUAGAUUUGAAGUUAAAAAAUUUGAUAUAAGAAAUAAAGGAUAAAUAUAAAUUUGAAAAUGAUUCAUAAUCCUCUGUUAAAAAGAAUAUUUCAUUAUCAUAUAAUGAAAUACCAACUGGAUAUGGUUUGUUUGAUGAAAAUGAAAAAGCUGAUGAUAUGGAAAGUUAAAUGAGAGUCAUGGCUAAAUUUCUAUUCAUAGAUCAAAAUGUUUAGCCAAGAUCAUAUAAAGCUUUUGCUUAAGAACCCUAUUAUUCUGCUUAGCCAUCUGCUCUUCGAUUCUCCUAGAAGAUUUCUUUGCCUUUUUCAUAACUGAGAAUUGUACCAAACUAAUAAAUAAAUGAAAAAGUAAAAAAUAUAAAUCCAAAAUAUUUUGAAAAUCUAAAAACUAUUAGAUUAUAAUAUAAGAGGGUUUUACGUAAUAUUAAACAUAGAAAUACUAUUUUGGAAAUAAGGAAUAGAAAUAGAUAGAUUGAUAAUAAAAUUUUAAAUAAUAAUUAUGAAUCAAGUUAGGCAUAUAAUUAUUUCGUGCAUUAAAAAAUUACAAACUAUGAGAUAGAAAAAUUUGUUUAAAUGUAGAAAUUUGAGUAUGAAAAACUAUAUAAAGAAGAAUAUUAAGAGUAAAAAGAAUUAUAACUUAAACAUGUUAAUUAUUUUUUUGAAAAAAAAAUAUGA